AUGGCAUCCAUUGUUGAUAGGAAGACAAAGGCUCCAUUGGGUAGCCGCAGGAGUAUUAGUAGGUCUUAUGUCCCUACGCGAUUGGUUUACAAGCUGAGGGCAAAGUGGAAGCGAGCAAUCGGGUGGCCGCAGAAGAGCAGCAACAGCACCAGUUCACAGUUCAGUUAUGACAUCCGUAGCUACGCUCUCAACUUUGAUGAUGGUGGUUGCCUUGAUCAGGUCCUUAGAAGUCACGUUAUUUCUAGAUGA